UGAUACAUAUUUUCUGUUCUAUUUGAAUGGACGUUUCAUUUUUACAGAAUGUAUUAAUUUAUCUAAGGCUUCAUCUUGUAGCCUGCAUAAACCAUCUCAUAGCCUAGAGUGGGUGCGUGCGCAAUGUCAGCGCACUCGCGGGUGUUUAAUGGUGACCUUUUGUUUCUCGGCGCAGUCAUGUACGAAAAAGGUGAGGAGUUAACAGCAACGGCGUCGGUUGGCAGCGGACUACCGAAAACAAACGAUCGGGUGAGACGGUGUGCUGUGACUAUCUGUCCGUGUAGUCUUCACCGGUCCUCACACACAGCUACACACACACAAACGCGCGCAGUACUGCCAAAUCGUGCGGUCUCUCACGCGCAUACUCUCUGCUCGCCAGACAGAUACAGAAGCAAUGGGAGACAAUUACUGAGGCAACCACCGAGAGAUACACACUGAGACCGACUAUGGCUGUGGACGCAGCGUCCAGCUUCAGUUUCUGCCGUGCGUCCCUGGAGCACACAGUGUCUGUAGAGGAGCUCAGCUACCAGCUGCCUCGUCGGCCAGGGGCCAGUCUGACCUGGCACGAUGGGAGGGGGCAGAAGAACACACACACCGUCAAACUACUGCAGCAGCCUGGCACAGAGGGCAUACAGCUGCGUCCAGGCGAAGCCUUCACUGUGUACCACACCAGCCCUACGCUGUCCAGUCUGUCCAAACCAGUGGUUCUGUGGACCCAACAGGAUGUCUGCAAGUGGCUGAAGAAACACUGUCCCCACAACUACCUGACCUACGUAGAAGCCUUCUCCCACCAUGCUAUCACAGGUCGCGCAUUGCUGAGGUUGAACGGGGAGAAGUUGGAGAGGAUGGGCAUUGUCCAAGAAACAUUGAGACAGGAGGUUCUACAGCAGGUCCUUCAGCUACAAGUCAGAGAGGAGGUCCGCAACCUGCAGUUGCUCAGCAGAGCCUCCUUUGGAAACAUCUCUUAGCUCAUCCCUCCGUCCGUUUGGCAGCCCUCACUCUCCUCUGCUAUUUCCAGUAGCCAUGGAAGGACCUGCUCACUCCAGAUAUGUGAACGCAGAGUAGGGCUGUGAGAGGAGGGAAGAAAGGAGGGGAGAGAGGACAGAAAAGAAGAGAGAAGAGGAGCCUUUAGACUACAUGCCAAACACACUAAAGGAGGUUUCCCAUUCAACAAGGCCAAACUGGUUUAAAUGAUGAGAGAGAGAGAGAGAGAGAGAGAGAGAGAGAGAGAGAGAGAGAGAGAGAGAGAGAGAGAGAGAGAGAGAGAGAGAGAGAGAGAGAGAGAGAGAGAGAGAGACAGAGAGAGAGAGAGAGAGAGAGAGAGAGAGAGAGAGAGAGAGAGAGAGAGAGAGAGAGAGAGA